AUGACACACUUAUCAGGUUUCCCCGACAGUACGCAGUUGGACGAAACGAUCUCACCUGAGGUACUCAUAUUGUGCCUCCUAGGCACUAGGCAUUCCAAGCCCGGUAAACUCAUACGUUUGAUGAUCGGACACAUCAGAAAAGCUGCAGGAAAAGCUGCAGGGGUUGCGUCAGCAGUAGGACAGGACGAGGUGUGGCCACUCUCUUACACCGAUGCAUACUUGAUACAGAAGUCAACAAGCUGCAGCAAACAAGUUGGGCGUCUAAUGGAACAUCCAGCUGAGCAACAACCACUACUAUUGCCAUCAGAUGAUGGCGAACUUCGCAGCCAGGAUAACGAGUUGCCAGAACGCGAACGGGCGCAGCAACCAAAUCAGGCUUUGACAUUCACGUUUCUUGGCCUCAUCUUGUUGACCAUCGGUGUCAGUCGCUGUCUUAUUACCGAUGCCACGUCUAGACUUGAACGCGAAACCAUCUGUCACCAGUUUCUGUCCUCCAACGGAAGCAGUGGAUAUAACAAUGGAUGCAGGGACAGCGGUGGAAACCUAGCCCCAGAGGUGGUGUUCGAACUUGGCUUCAUCCAUUUUUGGGAUAAUACUCUGACUCUACUUCCCGGCAUCUUGGUGGCUCUACCCUUUGGCGUUCUUGCCGAUACAUACAGUCGUAAGAAUAUACUGACGAUUAGUGUUUGCGGCAUACUGCUUUCUCAAGCCUUUCGCCAUAUUUCCUCUCCGCCUUGUGCUGCUUUCUUCAGCGCUGAAACUAAUUGGCGGCGGGCAUGUCACAUUCUUUGCGGUAGUAUUUUUGCUAGGUCUCUUGUGUUUCUAUACCUCGGGGCAGCUACCGUGUUUGGUGGUAUUCUGGGACAGCUGCUUGCUUACAAUUUGCAACAGAUUGACCAGCGUAUAUCCACCUGCAUUGGGCUUGUCGUGCUGGGAAUCUGUCUCUGUCUCACAGUAUUUGUUCCAGAUAGCACCCAGGAACCGUCUUAUGAACCGGCAAGCAGUGCAGGUGACGAGCCUUCCAACCUUGAUAUAGCCAAAAAUGUGGCACGAGUGCUUGGCAGUGUUCUGCGUCAAACCUUUUGGGAUCACUGGCGGCUUGGUGCAUUUCUACUGACAGUCUUACUCGCAACGGUAUUCGAGGUUCGUCACUCUCAGCAUCCAUCUUCUAUUGAGCCCCCGAAUCAAUGCUAA